AAGCGGAAAAGCUUAACAGGGAAGCUCCGUUAUGUGAACCCCUUUUUUACCCUUUUUUUUAUAAAAUUCCAAGUUUUUUUUUUUUUUUUUAUUCUUUGAAUUGGGGCCUUUACCACCAAAAACAAGUAUUUAUAACCAACAAAACUCCCUUAACUUACGUCCCACAGACGCAUAGGCCCACUGCUCGAAUCUUUUAACCGUGAUAUUUCAUUCAUCUGAUGUUUAGCUACGAAUUCAAGAUCUCUUGCCUGCUUGCCUUUGGGAAAGCUGACCUGUUCGUCAGUUCUCCAGGCUGAUUUUAUACAAUCUAGACUCGAGCGAUGUGAAUAUCCUUCCUUUCCGACUGUAUUCGCUAGCUUUGAAGCCCAUUUUUUUUAGAGUAAUAUACGUUAGAUUUACGUUUUCAAUCUGCUAUAAUCGCAGCUAUGGCCUUUCGUCGCACCCGUUUACUUAUCGCUGCAAUUUGCAUUUGGGUCCUUGCGUCAUGGUAUUAUAGCUGGCACCCGCCCGCUGGUUCGGGUAUCUUUAAUCCUACGCGUGGUCCGGGUAAUCGUCCUACAUCGGCAUCAGCUGGUUCGAAAGCCAUCAAGUGGGAAAAGCGUCCUCCCAAGUAUCCCGUCGAAAAACCCGCUACGCUCCCGACAAAUAGACCUUCCAAACGGAUACCGCGUGUACAAGCCGCGAGGCCGAAGGAGAGUGCUUCCGAUAAAGAGUUGCGCCUACGGAGACUUGCUGCUGUCAAGGACAGCUUCAAACACAGUUGGAAUGGCUACAAGAAAUAUGCGUGGGGUCAUGAUGAGAUCAAGCCCCUCUCGGGAUUGUAUAAGGAUCCUUUUGCCGGGUGGGCGGCAACCCUCGUCGAUUCGUUGGACAGCCUCUGGCUCCUUGAUAUGAAAGAUGAUUUUGAAUUUGCGGUGCAUGCUUGCGAGACGAUUGAUUUCUCAAGGACGGAGACCCGUGAUAUCAACAUCUUCGAAACGACGAUUCGUUAUCUCGGAGGGUUCUUAGCAGCGUACGAGCUGAGCGGGAAACAAUAUCCGGGUUUGCUUAAAAAGGCGACCGAGGUGGCCGAUCUAGUAAUGUCGUGUUUCGACACGCCAAACCACAUGCCCAUAACGCGAUUUCCUUGGAAGGAUUAUGCUAGGGGCAAGUCACAGGUAGCCCCGGGGCAUGCUCUGUUGGCUGAAAUUGGGUCACUUAGCCUUGAGCUUACUAAGUUAUCUCAAUUGACCGGAGACAUGCAAUACUAUGAUGCCGUGCAAAGAAUAGCUGAUGGCCUAGAAAAAGACCAAAAGUCGACCUCGCUGCCGGGACUGUGGCCGAUAGUAGUGGACCCUUCAAGGACACCUCUGAAGUCUUCUGGGGACUCGUUUACGCUGGGCGGUAUGGCCGACAGUACUUUCGAGUACCUGGGAAAGCAAUACUUGCUGCUCGGGGGCGCCCUCGACCAACCCCGCAAAAUGUACGAAGACUUCAUAGACGUCGCGAAGAAAUACCUUCUCCGCCGCGCGCUAAACCCGGACAAUCUGAAAUUGCUCUUUUUCGGUGACGCUAGGGUCGUCACGAUGCCCGAGGGCGGCGAGGAGGUUGUACACACCCCGAUAGCACAACACUUGACGUGCUUUGCCGGAGGUAUGGUGGGUAUGGCAGCUAAGAUCUUCGACCGCCCGUCGGAUCUGGAGGUAGCGGAGCAGUUGACGGAGGGGUGCGUAUGGUCGUAUAAUCAAACUGACUCGGGUAUUGGGCCCGAGCUGUUCCGCUUCAUCCCUUGUGACCUAGAUGUUACCAAAGACGACUGCCAAUGGAGCGAGACACGUUGGACGGAAGCGAUAAGGAAGUUUUGGGGCCGCAAUACCAAGGGCGGCACGCUUUCUGAUAAACAGAUCAAGGACAACAUCAUAGGGCAACGGAAUCUGCCCACCGGUAUGGUUAAUGUUGACGACCGCCGGUACCUCCUACGUCCCGAGGCCAUCGAGUCGGUGUUCAUGAUGUGGCGUCUGACAGGGGAUACUAAGUACAUGGAAAAGGCCUGGGCUAUGUUUAAGGCGGUAGAUAAAUGGACAAGGUCGAAGUACGCCUCGGCGGCGUUAGACGACGUGACGGAGAAGAAGCCGGCGCAGGUGGACAGCAUGGAGAGCUUCUGGCUGGCGGAAACGCUUAAGUAUUUCUACUUGAUCUUCGGGGAUUGGGAUCUGGUCAACCUGGACGAAUGGGUAUUGAACACGGAAGCGCAUCCUCUACGACGCGCGGAUGCAUGAGGAGGGUAUACGGUCAUGGUUUAGUAUAUGACAGGAUAGAGGACCGGACUUUGAUACCCCUAGAGGGAAAUGAUAUACUAUGUAGGUAUGGGCGGUAUACAUGAAUGUUAAAUGGUAAGGAAUUGGAUGAGCAAUAUCAUGAUGGUUUAUCUAGGAUCUUUUCUAGAAAGACAAUUAUGUUGCAUGAUAUGCACCCAUAUAAGAGAAGUUAUAAAUGAUAGUUAUCCAAAUCCAAGUGUGGAACUUGCUGGUGAUUACCAUAGCCUAGGUACCUAGGUAGGUACUUAUCUUCUAACCUGGCCUACUUUAAAUAAUGCUAGAUGCAAAGAUUCGACUAUUAGGUCGAC